AUCAAAACGCGUUUCGCUGUGCGGGCGCUCGCUUGUGUGUCAAAGUUGAACCUUGCGAUAUUUUUGUGUAUUUGUGUUUUUACAAAAUGCCUUUUAUUUCGAAGGACUGGCGAUCGCCAGGUGAAGAGUGGGUUAAAACGCAAGAGGGCUGGGAGAAAAAGAAGGUUUUGGAGUGCACAGCGCAAAGAUAUCCCGCUAUUAACUAUAAUAACCCUGAUGAUAGUCCGCAAAAGUCGUGGUCUGAAGGGGAAGACGGCGAUAAGAAUACAGAUGCGGUUGCAAGAGUUCCUCCACACUGCCAUAUCACAAUAAAGUGCACAAGAGAGAUUGCAGGCUUCAACGGGCUGUCAGAAGCGGUCCGCCGCCUGGACUUCUCGUCAGCCGUCCGUGACGUCAGAAGGUUCAAUUAUAUCUGCGCUCUGUUGGAGCUGUUGCUUGGUGGUCAACGACUGACGCAUCUACCCGGCGCUGCGCAGAAACUGCUGUUGUCUAUGUUGGAGCAGCUCGCUGACCAAGUGGCGACAUCGAAACAGAACCUGAACGCGCUACGAGCGUUGCUGGUAGCGUUGUCAUCGUUACGCGAGUCUGAGCGCCGCGCGUGCUGGGGCCGGCCGCUGGGCUCGCGCGCGCUUUGGGGCCAUCACGACCACGCCAUCGCCCGGAUCAACCGCAUCGCCAGCGAGAUUAUCAUACAAGAGCCGGGGCCAGAAGUAGUACCGAAGCUUCACGAUUUACCUGAAGAAUGCAUUAGAGAGAUACUGUUAAGGAUAGCGGACCACAGGGAUUUAGACUCGGCGUCAUCAGCAUGGAGCGUGAUGGCGUCAGUGUGCAGUGAGCAGCGGAUCUGGCGCGAGCUGGUCAGCUUCCACUUCAGCCAGCAGCAGCUAGACGGCGUGCUCAAGAAUAAAGAGGAAGACAUUGACUGGAAGAAAGUCUUCCACCAGCUUAGGAAGCUGUAUGGACUAAGGGAAGACACCCAGUUUGCAGAGACGCUGUCGCUCUGUCGUCACUGCAAGUGCUUGUUCUGGCGGUCGCUCGGACACCCGUGUAUAGCUGAUCAGUGUCCUGAAUAUCGUGAGCGACUGAAAGAAGCGGGCGGUCCGCUGCCUCCACACCCUGUACCACCUGCGGCAUUCCUCAAGUUCUUCUCGCUCUAAUACUUCCAUACCACGAGGUGGCAACUAUGUAUGACUGUCAUCUCAGCCACUAGGUUGAGGCAAUUAUGUAUGACUAUCAUCUGAGCCACUAGGUUGAGGCAACUAUGUAUGACUAUCAUCUGAGCCACUAGAUUGAGGCAAUUAUGUAUGACUAUCAUCUGAGCCACUGGAUUGAGGCCACUAUGUAUGACUAUCAUCUGAGCCAGCAUCUCAUUAUCUGCUUGAACUGGCCUUAUGUUGCAAGUCCAUUUGAGUAGAAUCGUAAGGGACACGAUAUUACGAAGAUGGGCCUUACGAAGAGACGGUAAUAAGUGUCAAAAAAACUUCCAUCUCAGAUUUUCUGAAUCAUUACAAAGAAAGAAAUUCUGAGGCUCUCUCCAUUAUGAAUUCACAUAAAUGGUCAUAAAACCAAUGGCACCUUAUACAAUUCCACAUACAUCGGUCUCGUAAUAUAAGACAGUUUGCAAGGCAUAAGACCGUCUUAAUUAAAAAAGAUGAUUGAUACUGUAUGAAAAAAAAUAUAAAGUAAGAAGCAAAAUGGAUUAUUGCAGGUAUGUAUUGUUUCAAAUCUAGAAUGUUCUACUCGAAACAAAUGCGUGUAAAGUAGGUAUUUGACUAAUAUUCAACUUUAGAACGACUAUUUUAAAUUAAACAGUGAUAUUAACGUUUUGGGAAUCACAAAUGGUUUCGAAAAGUUGCAGCCUGGCAAAUAUGUGUAAAAAGUUCUACUUGGCAACAUUUUUAGCCUCUGCAUUGGUCAACAUAGAGAUUUAAAUCUAUGAGAUUGAUUAUAAACCAGUGUUACCAGCAAAACAACUGUUAUUAUUUAAUUUCUACUCUUUUCGGCCAAACCGUAAACGGCAUGGUUUAAAGAUAUGAAGUACAUGACUAUAUAACAAACGAUGACUUUCGAUUCUAAUAGAAUCUUGGUGACUGAAUAAGAUCUCAGGCAGAUGGCCUAUAUGAAAAACCUACUAUAAUCAUUAUAGGGUAACUAUAACAUAAAUUACUAAUCAAAUGUGUUCUCUUAAAAAUCUAUUGAUUAUAGUUAACAUAAUUUUGACAUAAUUUUGCUUGCUAAAUGUGUCGUUUUUCUUAUCAAACGCAGUAUUGUAAUGUAGACCAAUAAACCAGUUAAAUCUACCAUAAAAAGGUACAUUUUUGUGUAAACCAAAAAUAAUCCAGUUUGAAUAAAAUCUAAUUUAGACGUAAGCAUUUAGUUUCUAAGGUUUGUUUUGUUCACCUAUUUUUGUUUGCGCACUAAUGCUUAAUAUUAUAAUAUUAAUGCUUUAAAAGAACUAUGUGAUAUUUCCAAAAUUUCUAUUAAAAUUUAAGUGUGUUGUAAGCAAUCGGUAUUGUUCUUGAGUGUUGUUAUGUUUCAUUAAUAUUAUUUACUAUUUUAAUUUAUAAAUCACAUGAUAGGAUUUAGUAGAACCAGUACAGUACAUAGCAGACGGAAAUUUCAUGGUUAAUCUAAUAUGCCUACAGCCCACCUUACCAUUGAAAAAUAUGCGAACAGUGGACCUGUGUAACCAAUUAUUAAAUGAUUCGAUUGAACUUUUCUUGGCUGCUAAAUACUUAAAACACACACUCACAACUUGUUUAUUUUUUAUUGGUAAGGUUGUGUAUAUUUGUCACACCAUAAUUACAAGAAACUCCAUUAUCUGUCGGAUUUAAAGGUACAAAUAGACGAUCGAACCUAUGCGGACCGCACCACGAACUCGAUAAUGCGGUGCGGUGCGGUCGUUCCCGCCACACGACCGAUUGCCUCAUAUAACAUGCGUCCGAUUAACAAUACAAGCUAAAAUCGCAUUAUUUGCAGCUACCACCCUUCCUACAACACCAUUACCACGACAAGUAAAAAGGAAAAAUAGCGAUUUCGGUGAGGUGUGUCCUCCACACGACCGUACAUGUCCAGUAUCGGACUCGGCUCGUGGUGCGGCCCGCACGGAUUCGAUUGUCUGUUACCACUAUAAGUUUCAUUCAUUAGAAAUAAGAAAAAAUUUCAUCAUGUUUAACACCUCAGUUCUUAACAUACUUACUACUUUUGUUAACAGUACAUCAACUAAACUCGUAUCAAACAUUUCACUAAUAUGUUCAUUUUUUUUUAAUAGUUGUAAGAUUUCAAGUUCUUUGGCAAAGGGAGCAUGUUGUAAAAUCCACAUAUAAUAACGCAGGCCCUGCAUGUCUCGAAGAAUAUGAUUAAUUUAGGUGUAUGUUGCUGUCAUAGUCAUAGGCUCUUGAAUGCUUGCGUGAAGCAAUGUAUAGAUAAUUGGGUAGUUUCCUAGGUCAAAGAUAAAUUAUGCAAUUCUGAUUACUAAAUAAAGAUAGAUCUAAAUGUAUUCUUUUUUCUAUUUAACUUAUUUAUGAAUUUUAAUAAAGAAAAAAGGAUAAAAAUAAUAGUAAAAAAGUAACUAAUUGAACUAGUUGGAAACUACCCUGUUAUGGUUUUCAGAAGAAAUGUAGGGCCUUUUCUAUUCAAACAAUGAUAAAAAAGCUAUUAAAUUGACUGACAUUAAAGAUUAUAUUGAAACAAGCCCCUAAAUGCAAUCAUAAUUUAAGACUAUUCGUCGCAUAAUUCAGAAAAUUUACUAUAAAAAAAAUGCAGCUAGUUAAGAUAAAAAGCAAUAUUUUAAUACAAAACUAUUGAUAAGAGUUAUUCUUGAAGCUUAUUUCAUAUGAGAACUGUUGUGUAAGAUAUCCUUUUAGGCCUAAAGAGUUUUAGUUGAUUGUUAACUGCUAUCCGUCACAGUAACAAUAGGAAAGGCUGUGGCUACAUUUACCAGUAUCAGAUAUGAGAGAAAUAGUUGGAUUUGCAAGAAUAUUAAUAUAAAUAACUUUGAUAUUCUUAUGAGAGGCCACAGUUUAAAAUAAUAUAAAAAGAGAAGCACUAAAAGCUUACUAUUGAGCAGGCUCUUUCUUUUUAUAUCUAACAGUAUUAAGAUAACUUUUAAAUUAAGGGUAGGCUGAAUAAUUAUAGUUUUACAAUUGUUAGUAGAAUAUCAAAGUUCUGAAGGAGUUCAGAAAGCUAUGAACUGCUUUGCAAUAAUUUUGAAUUUAGAAUUCAAAGUGUAGCCACAGCAAAAAAAUAUUUCUAAAAUUAAUUCAAGUCUGAUGGUUCAUUCUAUGGUCAAAAUGUUCAUUGUAUUGUACUUGUAGUGUAGUUGUUGAUAUUGUGAUAUUUUAAGAUAAAUAUUAUGAAUUGUUUAGUCCCAAGAUGCUAACUUUGACAACUUUUGGAAGAACUGUAGGACUGAAUAUGGGUAUCAUCACAUUUACAAUAUAUUAGUUACAUAACAUAAACAGCCUAUUAUGUCCCACUGUUGGGCACAGGCCUCCCCUCAUACAACCAGAGGGGGUAUAACAUAUUAGUAACAAAAUUUAAUUGAUCUACUUAUGGAUCAAAAUGGAAGGUAGGUAUUUUUUCCUACCAAGGAGAAACAUUCAUAUCUUCCAUUUUGAUUUUGAAAAUCAUAGUAGGUUUUAGAUGGAAUUACAUAAGGUAGACUUGAAGAAUAUUUGUGUAGCUCUAGCAUCUGUCGGUAUUAAAACUAUGAUGAAUUGUGCAUCACAUACACAAUAGGUUCAUAGUUCACAAAGGGAUUGGUUCUUCCCAGAGUUGUAGUUUAGAUGAAAUGCAGCUUACCUACUCACUUUUAAGUCAUUUUUAGUUAAUCUGUGAUGAAUUUUGUUUGCAUUGGAAUUGUUUUCUGACUUGUGUUCUCACUAUUAGUACUUUAUAUGGUAUUUUGAAAUAAAGUUAUUUUGAAUAAGA